UCUUCCUCAAUAAGGGAGACACUCCCUCUAACCACAUACUAUGCCUCCCUACCCUGCUCCCAUUCCUCAACAUAUUUGGGAGGGAAAAUAGGUGAGCAGAAUUCUUUCUCCUUGGCCUGGUCCGGUCUGGGAAAGGAGAGAAGACGGUAGAAAUUCAAAGUGGAAAAUAAACUGGAGCAGGGAGUGGUCAGGAAGAGGGUGAGUGGAGUGAUUAGAGGUUGGGAGUCCAGGGAAGGACUUCCUCUGGGUCCUGAGGAAGCAGGGACUGGGGAGGACUGUGGGAGACCAGAGAGUCCUCAGGAAGGACCAGAGGCUGUGUUCACAGGAUGCUUGGGCACCGGACAGAGCCGGCUUCCAGAUGACAUUACUUGCUGCCUGGAGUAUGAGUGAGGGCCUGAUGCUCACUCUGCCCUCCAUUGCUCCACCCCCUACUUAGGUCAAUAUUUAUGUGUCCUGGACCUAGAGAGGCCCCUGGCCUCACCACUGUCCCAGCUCUACUCUCCCUGUCCCGCCUUCCCCGCCGCCCGCCCCACCGGCCAGUCCCCACGCCCACACACCAGAGGCUGCCUCAUCUGGCACUGAUUAUCCUGCUGCUCCUGCCGAGGCUGCUAAACUCAGCUGCUGCCUCUGUCUCAAGGACCCCAGCGCCUCUCCCCCCAAGCCAUGCUGCCUGCUGCCACAGCCUCCCUCUUGGGGCCCCUCCUCACUGCCUGGGCCCUGCUGCCUUUCGCCCAGGGCCAGACCCCCAACUACACCAGACCCGUGUUCCUGUGCGGAGGGGAUGUGACUGGGGAGUCAGGUUACGUGGCAAGUGAGGGUUUCCCCAACCUCUACCCCCCCAAUAAGGAGUGCAUCUGGACAAUAACGGUCCCUGAGGGCCAGACUGUAUCCCUCUCCUUCCGUGUCUUUGACCUGGAGCUGCACCCUGCCUGCCGUUACGAUGCUCUGGAGGUCUUUGCCGGGUCGGGAACCUCGGGCCAGCGGCUCGGUCGCUUCUGCGGGACCUUCCGACCGGCGCCCUUAGUCGCCCCCGGCAACCAGGUGACCCUGAGGAUGACGGCGGACGAGGGCACGGGAGGACGCGGCUUCCUGCUCUGGUACAGCGGGCGGGCCACCUCGGGCACUGGCCCCCCCCCAGGCGCGAGGCGGAAAUGGGUCACCGACCCGCGGGUGGAAUGGGCGGCCUGGGGUUACUGGGACGAGCACCAGUUUUGCGGGGGGCGGCUGGAGAAGGCCCAGGGAACCCUGACCACGCCCAACUGGCCCGAGUCCGAUUACCCCCCGGGCAUCAGCUGUUCCUGGCACAUCAUCGCGCCCCCGGACCAGGUGAUCUCGCUGACCUUCGGGAAGUUUGACCUGGAGAGCGACACCUACUGCCGCUACGACUCGGUCAGCGUGUUCAACGGGGCCGUGAGCGACGACGCCAAGAGGCUGGGGAAGUUCUGCGGCGACACAGCCCCGGGUCCCAUCUCCUCCGAAGGGAAUGAGCUCCUCGUCCAGUUCGUCUCGGACCUCAGCGUCACAGCCGACGGCUUCUCGGCCUCGUAUAGGACCCUGCCGAGGGGCGCCGCCAAAGAAGGGCCGGCCCAGAGUCCGGGGGAGGACGCCCGGCCCGGUCCUCCGCUCCUCGGCCCCGGCCCCAAGCCUGGAGCCGGCCCCAAAGUGAAGCCCAAACUCCCACCUGCGGAGAAACCGAAGGCCUCGCCUGAGGCCAAGGCAACACUAGUGGGUCCCGAUGCACUAGGUGUCCCCUGCCCGAAGCAGUGCCGGCGGACAGGCACCUUGCAGAGCAAUUUCUGUGCCAGCAACCUGGUGGUAACAGCAACAGUGAAGUCCAUGGUUCGGGGCCCAGGGGAGGGCCUCACUGUCACUGUCAGUCUCAUUGGUGCUUAUAAAACCGGAGGCCUGGACCUGCCCUCUCCACCCACUGACACCCCCCUGAAGUUUUACGUGCCCUGCAAACAGUGCCCCCCCAUGAAGAAAGGAGCCAGUUAUCUGCUGAUGGGCCAGGUGGAGGAGAACAGAGGUCCCGUCCUUCCUCCAGAGAGCUUCGUGGUUCUCUACCGGCCCAACCAGGACCAGAUCCUCACCAACAUCAGCAAGAGGUGCCCCUCCUAGCCUGUUCAGGCUGCUGGGUCCCAGGCCUGAGACCCAGGCCAGCCUCCAAGCCCCUGACCCGAGGAACUCUUUCUUAUCCAAAUAAAUGUUUCUUGACUGAGGAA